AUGAACGAAUUUUCAUUUCCGUAUGAACCUUAUGCCAUUCAGUUAGAUUUGAUGCGAAUGAUUUGGAAAUGUAUCGACGAAAAGAAAAUUGGUAUUCUAGAGUCGCCUACUGGAACAGGCAAAUCCUUAAGUAUUAUUUGUUCAUCGCUAUCUUGGUUAAGGAAUUUCGAAGAAAAUGAACCGCUAAGGCUGAGAGACAAAAUUUUAAAGGCAGAAAACACUGGUCGAGAUGUUGAUGACUGGGUGGUUGCUUACAAAGCGAAAUUUGAGGCAAUAAAGUCGAUUGAUAAAGAAUCCAGAGAAUUGGAAGAAUUUGAAAAAAUCAGGGAAAAACUUAACGAUAUUAGUCGAAGGAAGUCGAUUAAGAAACGAAAGGCUGAAAGUGAUGACGAAAACUCACGGAUCGUUAAUGAAUUUGAUUUCAAUGCACCGGGGGAAUAUUCAAGCGAUGUAGAACUGGACGAUAGAAAAGUUACUGAAAAACUGUCUUGUACAAAAAUUUAUUAUGCAUCGCGUACUCAUUCACAGUUGGAACAGUUUGCUGCGGAAAUUAUGAAAACAACUUUACGUCCACGAAUUGUAACUGUUGGCUCACGCGAUAAAUUGUGCGUUAAUCCAGUCGUAAAGAGUCUUAAAAAUGUGAAUUUAAUCAAUGCGAAAUGCAUGGAACUUCGAGAUUCCAAAAAUUCCUAUAAGCAAUUUAAAAAGGAUGGGAACGAAAAGAUGUUGCGGAUAUCUGGAUGCUCGUGUUCCUACUAUAAAACAGAUUCGAUCAGUCGGCUUUCAAAUCGAAUUUUAAAUUGUGAACUUCCUACAAUGGCAUGUGUUCUUGAAGGAGGUGAAGAGCUUCAAGCAUGUUCAUACUUUGCUUCAAGAGAGUCUUUAUCUUUGUGCCAGAUCGUCCUUCUACCUUACCAGGUACUUCUUCAUCAGUCAUCUCGAGAAGCAUGGGGAAUUGACGUUGCCAAUAAUAUUAUUAUUAUUGAUGAAGCGCAUAAUUUGUUGCAAAAUAUCGCAGCUGUUCACUCUGUCAACCUUUUAGAAGACACAAUUUGCGAAUCGCUUUCGCUUUUAAGGAAUUAUCUUCAAAGCUAUAAGAACAGGUUCAAUGAAAAGAGUUUGCUAUAUCUUCGUCAACUUAUCAUUAUUGUAUCUGCACUGGGGAAAGUUUUGAAAAAGUACAGUUCAAAAAUAACCGAUUCGGUUUUUACAUUAACUCGAUUUCUUGCUGAGUUGAACAUUUAUGAAAUCAAUUUGUUCAAACUUCUUCAUUACAUAGAAAAAUCACAGUUAUGUCGGAAACUGAAUGGUUUUUAUGUGUGUGAGAAGAAUUCUGAAGUGAAAACCAGUUCAAUCAAUGUUAAUAAAUCAUUGGAAACUGGAAUACAACGAUUACUCCAAAAACGAAAUGACGCCAAAAAUUUUUCGAGUAAUAUUUUUGAAAAGGAUCAAAAUCAACUAGUCACAAAGGAUCAGCCAAAAUUAUCCACUUGCCCUAUAUAUCUCAUUAAAGAAUUUAUCGAAUGCUUAACAACUAUGGGUUAUGACGCGCGCAUAAUUAUUAAUCGGCCCAACAGGCUUAGGUUUAUCCUACUUAAUUCGGCAAAUAAAUUGCUGGAUUUGGUAAUCCCAGCACGUUCGACGAUUUUCAUUGGUGGUACUAUGGAGCCAUCUCAAUUUCUUAUGCAUUCACUUAUACAUACUUGUCAAGUACCAUCAGAUAGAAUUAUUCGCUAUUCAUGUGCUCAUAUUAUUGACGACAACCAGUUGGUUGCAGUUUCCAUUGAAAAUGAUCAUUUGGGCAAAGACUUAUGUUUCACGUUUAAUAAUCGAUGCACUUUGAUGAGAUCAAUCGCUUUUACAUUUUUGGAACUUGCAAAAGUUGUGCCAAAUGGUAUUGUGGUUUUUUUUCCUAGUUAUGAUUUUAUGGAUCUUUUCCAAACCGAUUUAAACAGAAUGGAUGUUUUUUUUCGUAUUUCUAAAUUGAAAAAUAUUUUAUUUGAAUCGAAACAUACGUCAGUGGCAUGGGAAAAAUACGUAACAUUAGCGAAAUCAGAUCGCGGUGCUAUAUUAUGUGCUGUUGUCAACGGUAAACUUAGUGAAGUGCUGCUACCACGAUAUCUGGUUGAUUGGCCAGUACUUGUUUGUGCCUGGAUGGAGAUCUCACAGGAUUUCUGCUCUAUUAUUCUCCAUGAUUUUCUGAGGAAUUUCUUAUCUAUGCCAUAUACUGAACAAAUAUUCCUGUAG